AGCUUCUACUGAGGGACAGUCCCCAGGUUUUAUCUACAUGUACAAGAUAGAACCUAUGGAAAAUAGACUUGACAAAUGCUAAGCAUAUUCUAGUGUACGCCAAAGCAAGGAAAAACCAAUUGCUCUGGCUCAACAAUUGCUUACCUGAUAGAGAUAUUUAUCACUGCAAAAAACAACUUACCAAGCUAAACUGUGAUAAAAUCUUGCCCAGGAAAAAAAAACAUAUGCAAGGCAGGCAACUGAGAUGGCUGGGGCUCUAACAUCAUCAGAUUAGCUGGACAUAUUCCAUUUCAUUCCAUAGUUUGUGCAGAAACUUGGAUUGGAGGUAAGCUGAUUGAUAUCCGAUUUUAGAAACCUUCCACAAAAGACACACACAAAAAACAUCUUCUCCCUCUGUCUCAGAGCUCUCCGGCGGAGGAGUGAGCCCCCAUUUGCUGGAUGUCUCCAUCUGGUCCUCUCUUCUUCGCGCACGUAUGUUCUUUGGAUACACACAAGGCGUUCAACCCAUGUCCUGGUUCCUGUAUACGUGGUGAUACUUCGGCAUUUGGCGCGUUCAUACAGAUCGUCUUACUAGCUUUACUGUGAAUCAGUCGGUCUUACUCUUAUCCAAGGAGAGGAAGCCUAUGGACAGGUAUGCGUCAAGUUCUGUGCUCUCUGCCCCUUCUGUAACCAUCAUGUUUCCUGUGAUCCUUAUGAUUUCAUUGACCUUUCUAACUAAGGGGUUUCCAAUCCUUGGUCGGCUUUGGUCAGAAAACCUAGCUUGAACUCUCUGAUAGGUUAGGUUAGCAAUUGUUACAGUUUUUCGAACUAGAAACUGAGUGCACCCAAUGGAGAAAUAGACUUGACAACUUACCAAGCUAAACUGUAACAGUUUGACAAAUGCUAAGCAUAUUCUAGUGUACGCCUAGCGCUUAAUUGCGUUUAAUCUAUGCAUAAGCAUGCACUUUUGUCAGAAAAGCACAAGGCGGUGACAAAGCGCACAAUCGACCCCUAGUGCUUUUGUGAACUAGAAACUGGGUUCACCCAAUGGAGAAAUACAGCAUGGGCCCAGUUCUGCAACAAACUUUCGUGGCGGAACUGGAUCCGUCAGUACCAUUUUUCAGUAUAUGGUGACCUUUUAUCCACUUCUGACUUCUGCGCCUUAUGUAACCAUCAUGUUCCCUGCGAUCCUUACUAUGAUUUCAUUGAUUCAUUCAUAGGGAUGACUUUUCUGACUAAGGACUGAGGAAGGGGUUUUUCAAUCUUUUAGUUAAGUGCUGUUGUUGAGCUGAUUGGCGCAUGAACAUAAAAGUCCUUAUAAACCUGUUUUUUUUUUCUCUACAUGACUACAUCCAACUAUUGCAAUUUCCUGUAACAUCUUGAAAUAUUUCAAGGUUUCAAAUUAUGCCACGUCUUUAACUAGUACAUGGCACCCACACUAGUCAUUGUCACAACCAUUUUUUCUUUUUCUCUUCCUGGUAGAGAUAUUUAUCAUUGCAAAGGAAAGUAUAGAUGUUUGUUUGGUUUAGCAUGUGCCCCACCUGGAAGAGAUUUUUUGUGCGCGAGCACCUCUCGAAAACAUUACCGGGUCCAUAUAUACUCAAUAUGAAAUCAUGAUCGGCUUCUUAAAAGGUAUAAUACCUACCUACGGCCAUAUAUCAAAAGUAGAAACUGGGUAAACACAAUGGAGAAAUACAGCAUGAGCCCAAUGCCGCAACAACUUUUCGAAGCGGAACUGGAGAUGUAACAGUUCACGGUAUCUGGUGACUUUUGAUCCAUCUGAUUACUCCAUAUGAACAUAAAAAUCCAUAAGACCCAGUUUUUCUCGUGAAACAUUUAUUGCCAUUGCGCUGUAACAUCAUGAGGACACUUCAGUUUAUGGAAUUGUAUGCAGUAUCUUUAACCACGUGUCGCGUGAGACAGAACACUAGUCCUUGCCGCACUUGUUUUCUUCAAGGUGACAUUGGCAAUCACAAAAACUGAAAAUGAAGGAGCACCUCCACCUUAUUUAAUGACUAGUCAUCGUCAUCGUCACACUUGUUUUUUCUGAAGGUGACAUUAGCAAUCACAGAAACUCAAAAUUAAGGACCAUCUCCAGCUUAUUUAACGACGCGGACAUGCACAAAUGGACGGGCAAGAACACAAUAAUCGCCUCCACCUAGCUCCUUGCUCAACCAUGAACAUCCAGAGAACAUGGCAGCAGCUCCUGAUGCUCCAUCUCCUCACUCAUAUCCUCUUCCUUUUCCUCACAUCCAGCUCUCAACCUACCAACAAUGAAACUGUCAGCAGCGGCGAUCUUUUCGUCCUCCUGUCAUUCAAAUCCUUCAUCACCAGUGACCCUACACGGGCACUGUCCUCGUGGUCACGGGGCCAUGCCAGUGCUGGUGCUGGCGCUGGCAACGGUACCAGCAGCACGAAGACGAAGGUGCCCGGUUUCUGCAAAUGGACGGGUGUGUCCUGUGGCAACCACCGGUACCCUGGCCGUGUCACCGCCAUACGCCUGCAUGGCUUUGGCCUGGUCGGUACCAUCAGCCCGCAGCUCGGUAACCUGACACGCCUCCGCGUCCUCAACCUCUCAGCCAAUAGCCUGGGAGGUGAGAUCCCAGGCAGCAUCAGCCACUGUGCAGCACUUGGCACUGUGGACCUGGGGGAGAACUCCCUCUCUGGUUCCAUGCCUGCUUCUCUGGGUCUCCUAUCAAAGCUCACAUUUCUCAGCGUUACCCAUAACAACCUGACUGGUGAUAUUCCCAUGUCGUUCUCCAACCUCACAGCUCUCACGAACCUUAGCAUGUCGAACAACCAAUUCCUUGGCGGAAUCCCAAGCUGGCUGGGCAACCUGACAUCGUUGACACACUUGGAAUUAGUCGGGAACAGGUUCAAUGGCCAUAUCCCUCCAGAUCUUGGUAAGAUGUCUAAUCUUGUUACAUUUGACAUCAAUGACAACAAACUGGAAGGCCCUUUUCCUCCAUCCAUGUUCAAUAUUUCUUCAAUCAAAAACUUCAACAUUGGCUUCAACCAGUUGACAGGAUCUCUGCCGCUGGAUAUUGGCUUUAAGCUUCCCAAGCUAAAUGUUUUGGGCACACAUGCGAACCGAUUCGUAGGAAAAAUACCAGCCUCCUUGUCAAAUGCAUCCGCACUUAAAUAUUUGAUUCUUCACGGAAAUCAGUAUCAUGGUCCGAUUCCACGGGACAUUGGCAUCCAUGGUCGUUUGAUAUUAUUUUCGUUAGGAAACAAUUUGCUUCAAACCACAGAGCCUAGGGAUUGGGAUUUUCUCACAUCCUUAACCAACUGUAGCAACCUGGGAAUACUAGACCUUGACCAAAACAACCUUGAAGGUGCUAUGCCAGUUACAAUUGCUAACCUAUCUACAGAGCUCUACAUGAUUACACUAGGUAGAAACAAAAUAGCUGGGACCAUACCUGCUGGUUUAAGCAAGUUUCAAAAACUUGCAACGCUCUCCCUGAAGCAAAGCCUCUUCACAGGCACCUUGCCUCUGGAUAUUGGCCUGAUUCCUAGCCUCCAGGAACUUGACCUAUCCCAUAGUAGAUUUCAUGGGCAGAUUCCACAAUCAUUAGGCAAUAUCACAAAGUUGAGCAACCUCUUCCUAUCUAAUAACUUUCUAGAUGGCAGCAUGCCAUCAAGCCUUGGUAACCUAACAAAACUUACAUCUCUGGAUCUUUCCGGUAACUCCUUGAGGGGGGAAAUCCCACCGGAGGUACUUAGCAUCCCCUCCCUGACCAAACUUCUCAACCUCUCCCACAAUUAUCUGAGUGGCUCCAUUCCAACACGGAUAGGGCAACUGAACAGCCUAGGCACAAUUGACCUUUCCAUGAACGAGCUAUCUGGUGAAAUUCCAGAAGCUCUCGGCAGUUGCGUCCUACUGAACUCCCUAUACUUGCAAGGAAAUCUUCUGCAAGGGCAAAUUUCAAAAGUUUUGUCUUCUUUAAGAGGCCUUGAAAAGUUGGAUCUUUCUAGCAACAACUUAGGAGGGCCCAUACCUGAGUUCCUCGAGGGCUUCGAGCUUCUAAUGUAUCUAAACCUCUCUUUCAACAACCUAUCUGGCCCAGUGCCAAAUGCAGGGAUUUUCCGCAACGCCACUGUAUUGUUGCUCCCUGGCAAUAGCAUGCUAUGUGGAGGUCCCUCUUCCUUGCAACUACCUUCAUGCCCAGAUAUAGGUUCCAACCAUGCUUCGCAGAAGCAUCAUCGUCGGGUCAUACUCUUUUGCAUGGUUGGAACUUUGAUCUUGAUGUGCUCCCUAACUGCAUGCUACUUGAUGAAGACAAGAAUCAAACCAAAUAGUGUUGGUCAAGAAACCGGAUUUCACAAUGAGAAGCAUGAGAGGAUAUCCUAUGCCGAUAUAGAUGAAGCAACACAGUCCUUCUCACCGGCAAAUUUGAUUGGUUCCGGCAGCUUUGGCGAUGUGUACAUUGGAACUCUGAAUCUUGAUGAGAGUUUAUACACCGUAGCAAUCAAAGUUCUCAAUCUUGGCAAACGAGGAGCUAACAGAAGCUUUUUGAGGGAGUGUGAAGCCCUGAGGAAGAUCCGACACCGGAAACUUGUCAAGGUGAUCACUGUGUGUAGCAGUUUGGACCGUAAUGGUGAUGAGUUCAAGGCACUUGUCCUAGAAUUUAUCUGCAAUGGGAACUUAGAUGAGUGGCUGCAUCCAAACACAGAGAACAGCAGGACCUUCAGAAGGCUAAGUCUGAUGGAAAGGUUGUGCAUCGCUCUUGAUGUUGCAGAGGCAUUGGAAUAUCUUCACCACCAAAUUGAGCCCCCCAUAGUUCACUGCGAUAUCAAACCAUGCAACAUCCUUCUAGAUGAUGACAUUGUUGCGCAUGUUGCUGACUUUGGUCUAGCAAAGAUAAUGCAUACUGAAGCAUGCAAGCAAAGUGGCGGUGGGACUGAAAGCAGCUCACUUGUGAUUAAAGGCACAAUUGGAUACGUCGCACCUGAGUAUGGCUCGGGAUCUGAAGCCUCCACAGCGGGUGACGUAUAUAGCUUCGGGGUGUUGCUAUUGGAAAUGCUUACUGGAAGACGGCCAACUGACAGUUUCAGAGAUGGCGCGACAAGUCUUGUCAACUAUGUCAAGAUGGCAUAUCCUGAUACUCUGCUGGAAGUGUUAGAUGCUAGUGCAACAUACAGCGGAAACCCGCAACGUAUCAUAGACAUAUUCUUACAUCCUAUGCUUAAGAUUGGUCUAGCUUGCUGUGAGGAUUCCCCAAGGCACCGAAUGAAGAUGAACGAUGUAGUCAAGGAGCUGAAUGCCAUAAAGAAGGCGUGCGCCCCUCAUAUGCAUGUUCAUGGAUUUCGAGCAAGCGCUUGAUCUGGAUGAGCAAUGAAGUGCUACGAUCAUCUCUACAGCUCUGUUGUUGUCACCCUGUGGCGAUGUGGUUACAAGCAUGCCCCAGUAUGUUUGGUGACCAUUCCUGUUUUCUGUUUUAGGAAUAUGCAAGAGCAUUGUCAUGUGUCAUUGUAUUAGAAGCACAAGUAGUUUACUUUGCAAUCCUCGUAGAAAAUAAGUUUGGCGGCAAUUUUUCAUGGCAUCUGGACUGUAUUGAGUGGCUCCUACUCCUAGCAGAUUUUCAGUUCUC